AUGGCGGCUGAGGCGUCGUGCCCCAUCCUGGGCGUGUUUGAGUGCCAGCUCUGCGCUCUGUCAGCUCCCUACAGCUACGUGGGACAGAAGCCCCCGAACACCCGCUCUGUCAUCCUGCUGGAGGAGAGCUAUGUGCUGAAGGACCCCUUCACUGCCGACAGAGACAGGUUCCUGGUCCUGGGCUCCCGGUGCAGCGUGUGCAGCAGACUGGUGUGUGUAGCCCCGGAAUGCAGUUUAUUCUAUUCCAAGAGGUUCUGCCUGCCUUGUGUCCGGGAGUACAUGGACGCGUUCCCCAAGGAGAUCCAGCAGGACGUGGAGAAGAGGCGCGCUCCAGCCAGGGCUCCGGCCAAGACGCCCCGUGCCAAGCUUGGUCAACAGAGCAUAUGCGAAGCGGACACCUUGCCAGCCCUGCUGGGCACUGGCAUUGAUGUGCCAGGUGUGCUUGGCCCCUGGGCUGAGCACGCGUGGGAAGCCUGGAAUGACCUGCUGACCCCCACUCCCACCCCUGGGGCUGGCGUGGCGGCCUUGUGUGCACCCCCUCCCCAGCCAACUCACUUGGCAAGCACAGGGUUCUCGGGACCCCUUGUGUACUGUCUGGAGGACACAGCGGUGGAGAGCCUGAGAGUCCUUGAGUGGCCGUCAUGA